AUGGCGGGAGGCAAAAUUAGGAAAGAAAAGCCGGGUGCCGUCGCCGCCUCAAACCCGCACUUCCAGGGUGGCAUACCCUUCCACAAGUCCAAAGGCCAGCACAUAUUGAAAAAUCCACUCUUGAUUGACAGUAUAAUUCAGAAAUCCGGCAUCAAAUCCACUGACGUCAUCCUGGAAAUCGGUCCCGGUACUGGUAACUUGACUAAGAAGCUUCUGGAAGUCGGAAAAUCUGUCAUAGCAGUCGAAGUUGAUCCGCGUAUGGUUCUAGAGUUGCAACGUAGGUUUCAAGGAACCCCGUCGUCCACUCGAUUGAAGGUUAUACAAGGAGAUGUACUGAAGUGUGAUCUUCCAUACUUUGACAUUUGUGUAGCAAAUAUCCCAUAUCAAAUUUCUUCCCCCCUUACUUUCAAAUUAUUGUCUCAUCGCCCAUUAUUCAGGUGUGCGGUAAUAAUGUUCCAAAGGGAAUUUGCCAUGAGGCUUGUUGCUCAGCCUGGUGAUAACCUUUACUGUCGCCUGUCUGUGAACACUCAACUAUUGGCUCGGGCAUCCGUGCGGAGAAAUCUUCUGUGGGACACGGAGGAAACGCAGAGAAUUCCUCCGUGUGGCGCGGAGGAUUGCUCCCUCUGUUCCGCAGCACGGAGGGAGUAA